GACCGUUUGAGACGUUCAAGUGAUAACCACCGUCGUCCGCCGUCGUCACCGUCGUUCGCUCAGUCGCGGUCUUCCGACGCACACGAACGUCCACGCCGCGUGUAGAUACCAAGACGUCCCACGGCGGCUGCAGCUGACGGUCUGUAUCUCGUCCCACGUGACCGCCGAACCGGCCAAUCGUCGACGACCGCACGCCGAUGAUGACCGCCAAGAAAUUAAUUAUUGUGGUAUGUCUAUUGAGAUUAUGUAUUUGUCAGCAAUAUGAACAGUCAGGAGGACAAGGAAGUUAUUCAUCUUCAAGUGGAAAAUAUGGUGGACCUGCCUCUGCAGGAAGGUCCGGAAGACCAAAUGGCGGUUCUGGUGCCAAUGGUUAUAGCCCUGGCCAAGGUCAAGGCGGGAGGGGUAGCAACGGAAACACAAGAUAUCCUGGAAGUCAAAAUGGAGGCGCCAUAAAUUGUGGUCCCAAUGAUAAUAACGAUGGCUUUGGUGGACGCAAUAAUGGUUUUGGAGGAUAUGGAAGUGGAACCAGUGGCUUUAAUAGUGGUUUCAAUGGCGGUGGAAACUAUGGGGGUGGGAGCAAUAGUUUUGGAAGCAGCGGAGGAAAUGGAGAGUAUGGAAGUGGUGGCUCAGGAGGUGGGGGAGGAUAUGGGAAUGGAGGAUUCGGUAAUAUUGGUAGUGGUGGUGGUGGAUAUGGAAGUGGAGGUGGUGCUGGUGGUGGCGGUGGAGGAUAUGGAAGUGGAGGUAGUGGUGGUGGAGGAUAUGGAAGUAAUGGCCGUGGAAAUGGUGGUAUAGGAGGCAGUGGGUUAUAUGGAAAUGGAGGUUUUGGAGGUAAUAGUGGUUAUGGAAAUGGUGGUCUUGGAGGAGGCAAUGGAGGAUAUGGAAAUGGUGGUCUUGGAGGAGGCAAUGGAGGAUAUGGAAAUGGUGGUUUAGGAGGUAGUGGAGGUUUAGGAGGUAAUAGUGGCUAUGGAAAUGGUGGUAAUGGAGGUAAUGGAGGAUAUGGUAAUGGAGGUAAUGGUGGUUAUGGAAAUGGUGGUUUAGGAGGUAAUGGAGGAUUAGGUGGUAAUGGGGGAAAUUUUAAUCCAAAUCAAAAUGCUCCUCCAGCUGCCAAAGUAAGUUUUAAUAGCUAUUUUGGAAAAUCCGGACGGAAUGGCCGAGGACAAUCCGGUGGAUCAAAUAAUGGAGGAUUUAACAACUAUGGCAGUCAAAAUGGUGGAGGCACUGGCUCCUUCGGAGGCCAAAAUAAUGGAGGUCUUGGCUCAUAUGGUAGUCAAAAUUUCGGCGGUCUUGGCAGUUACGGCGGUCAAAAUGGUGGUGGUUCUGGGUCCUAUGGUGGUCAACCCAGUGGAGGUUUUGGUGCUUAUGGUGGACUGAACGGAGGAGGUUCUGGUUCAUACAAUGGUCAAAAUAGUGGAGGUUUUGGCUCUCAAGGAGGAGGUUCUUCUCCAUAUGGUGCUCAAAAUGGUAUUGGUAACGGCUUUGGAGCUGGACAAAACGGAGGAUCGGAUCUUAGCGGAUAUGGGCAAAACAAUGGAUUUGGAAAAAGUUCACCGGGAGGAUUUUCAUCAGAAUCUUCUGGUCAAGGAUCAGGAUAUUGAUACAUUACAUUGUAAUUUUAAAUUAUAACUAAUUUAUUAAAUUAUUGUUUUAUAAACUAAU